AGUGACAUGAGCUAAUAAUUUGUAAGCGCUUGCAUUGUAUACUUUGAAAGUGUAAAGUUUUAUUGUAUCGCAAACCAAAAGCUCGUAGUGUAAACUAGCACUCGCGUUCUCCCCCAUGCAGUUACGAAAGUUCGCAGCUAUCUUGCUCUUGCAUACAGUCUUAUUGUAUCUGCCUUUCUAUUGCACAUCUGCACUGUCGUCACCGCAGGCCGGCGUUACAGUUCCAUGCGAGUAAUCAACUAAGCUGAGGUUUGUUAAAGCGCGCGUUGCGAGUCAAGUGAGAGAAUUCAAAGAUAGACGAAAAAACUAGCAGCAACAUGUAUUAAUUACCAGACGCUAUUCAACUACGAGAACCAAUUAAAGGACACUCAUAAUUAAGCUGGCUGUAACGAUCAAAUAAACAAACGAGGACUGCAAAAGGCAACAUAACGAAAAGAAGAACCGAAACCAAACCGUAUUAAAGCAAAGCAAAACUAACAAUUAACUUGGCUUAGCCUGCUACCAUUUUUCGUUGUGAUAGAAACCAGAAAACUCGGACUCCGUAACCAAAAGAGCCAACGACACAUCGCAUCAAUAAGAGGAGCAGAGGAACAGUUGCAACUACUACAACAACGUUUGGUAUAGACAAAGGGUAUCAAUUAAAAUACGGGUGCAAGCUGAACAACCUAAGGAACGCCCAACUUUCCCAGGAGGCAGUCAUGCUGGCGACAACAACUACAACAACAACACCAAGCAGAGCAACUAAAGCCACAAUUACCUCAGAUCCGGGCAUUCUGUGUUUUCAUCACUGCAACGUGAAAGUUUUCUGCUUCGUCCUGCCCCACACCUGUCCCCAUUGCAAUGAACAGCUCAAUGCGGAUGCCAAUACCGUUCCAGACACAUCGGGAGCUGGAAGCAGCAGCUCCAUGACUUCGACGUGGCUGCUGCCCUUUCGGCUGCCCUAUCCAUUUGUGCGGGCCACGCAGCAUCCGUGUGCGAUUGUCCUGCGACCCUCCUCAGGCGACUUCCUCAACGAUUACAGCAACGCCACAGAUUUGCAUAUCGCGGUGACCACAUCCGCCGGCGACAUUGUCGAAUUCGAUAGGGACGGACUGCAGCGGCAUCGGCGCGACGAUAAUCCCCGCGACUGGUGGCAAUCGCUGCUAGUGGGCGAUGUGCCCGAGUCCUGGCACUACUACUGGGAUGAGGUGCUUGAACAGAUUUGCGCGCAGUCAGCGCGUUGGUCCAUUGAACGCUACGAGGAGAGCAGCCACAACUGCUACACCUUUGUGCUGGCCUUCCUGCAGUCCCUCAACUAUGCCCAGCUCAGCGACGCGGCCCGCACCAAGACCAGUUUCUGUGAGAAGUUCAUUGUGCCCAGAACGACCACGGCUGGCAAAUACAUCUCGCUCUAUCGCAGGCUCCGCCUGGCCGGGGUUCAUGUGCAUCGCCAGCAGCCCAAGCAACGGCCCUCCAAAACGGAUAUCUCUGAUGGCAAAGAUCUCAAAUUGGCCAACACAAAAGCCAACACCAAUGGCCAAGUGUGCGGAAAUUUAGGAGCACGUUCUCAUCUACGACAAACACUCUGCACCAUCGAAGAGUAAUCGAAACUUUACAUGGAAUUGAGAAAAGCUAAAACCUUAUGCUAUAUAAGCCUUCGAUGAAAAUAUUUGCACUGCUGCAGAAAAUCAUGGCACUAUCGGUGGGAUCGAUAGGAAAAUUUAUCGAUGAUAAAAUGGGUAAAAAAUGUACAGAGGUUUUGUGCAAAUUUAUCAGGAGCCGAGUCAAUUUAGCCACGUUUUUAUCCGUCCGUCUGUCCGUAUGCGUGAACACGACGAUCUCGACGUAGGUUCUCCUAGUGCACGUGCACGAGUUUGUUUCCGAUAGUCGAUAACUUUCCCCGUUUAAAAACAAUCGAUAACAAGCGAUAUCAAAAUCAUUGCUUUUAA